AUGCUCUUUCUCGUGAUGAUCAUGUUGUUUGUGUUGGGGGCAAAUUCAGCAGGUUCCCCGCCUUUCAGGGUAGGCUUCUACAGGCGGUCUUGCCUAGCUGCAAAAUCCAUUGUGAGAAAAACCGUGAGAAGGGCAAUCUCUCUCAAUCCAUACAUCGGAGUCGGGCUCAUCAGGUUGCACUUCCACGACUGCUUCGUCCGGGGUUGCGAUGGUUCAGUGUUGCUGAAAUCCCUCCCAGUUUACUAA